AAUAUGAUGCUUUUAGAGCAGUUGGAUAUGAUCUUGACAUGGCCUUAACUGCAGGGUAUGAAGAAGCAGUAAAAAAUGUUGAAAUCGCAAGAGCAAGAGUCAAGCUGACUCAAUCAAGACAUGAAGGUCUAACCGGUCGUGAUAAGGAAAUUGAAAUGGCAAAGCAGGCAGCAUUAAUGAAGAAAAAUAAAAUAAAUACGCAAGGCAGUAUGGACAUUCAAGAAAAUGAGACGGUAGAGGUCAAAUUACAUGCUACAACUGCAGAG